UCAACAUUCGAUCACCAUGUCUUGCCAUGCAAAUUAAAAUCCAGGAAAAGAAAAAUAUAUAUGGAUCUUUUUGGUAAGGCAAAAUCCGUGAGGCUGAUGAGCUACAACGACAGAUACCUAACGGCAGACGGCGACCAGCAAACGGUGACGCACACAAGCCACAGAGAAUCAUCGUCGACCAUAUGGACGGUGGAGAUGAUGGAGGAUGAAAACGACUUCAUCCGCCUCAAGAGCUGUCACGGGACGUAUCUAACGGCGUCAAGCUCCCCGUUUCUUCCCGGGGUCACCGGCAAGAAGGUCAUCCAAACGGAAAUGGAGUCAUCGUCGUAUUGUGAUCCUGCACCCAAAUGGCAGCCAUUGAGAGACGGCAUGCAGGUGAGGCUGAGGUCAUUUUGUGGCAACUAUUUAAGGCCUAACGGCGGCCUCCCUCCGUGGAGAGGCUCCGUCACGCACGACGUGCCCCACCGGCCCAAGACUCGGGACAAGCUCUUAUGGGAUGUGGAAGUUGUCGAGAAAAGCGCCGAUAAUAAGCAAACAACAGACUAGAGGAAUGGUGACAACCUUUCGAGAAAUCAAGUUAAGAGAGUCGAACCAUUUCUUCUGACUCUCUUUCAAAUUCGAUAAAUGUUGAUUGAUCGUAUAUUUCAUUAUAGUUCUAUGAUUCAAAUUGGAUCUUUUCACUAUCCAAUAUCUCCUCCUCCCUUUCAUUUUUUCCUCUCUCGCCGGCCUAUUUCUUUUUUGAUAUUGUUUCUUAUGAUUAAUCUGUAGUUCAAGGGCACUUUUCCUAAUCCGAGUUUGAGAUAGAAGAAGACCUUGUUAAGCAAAAAAGCCGGGAAGUGGUGAAUAGACAGGUACUUAAGACAGUGCUGCCUACUCGCGAAUUAGCUUCAGAGGUUCGUUAUUACCGGUAGUUCCUACAAAGGAUCGGACUAAUGGGUGUAUACAAUACUUGGCCGUGAAAGUGAAAAUGAAAAUGAGAA